AUGACGCCCAUGACGGACGUCUCGUCCUUCUCGCCGUCGACCUCACUGGCCGGUCAUACGUGGGGAGAACUGCCGGAUCUGUGCAAAAACUUCACGGAAGCCGUGUUGGCGACCGCAGCAACGAAUAGUACAGAAAUAGAAACAAAGGGCAGUAGCGGUAUAAUCAGUGAGUUCUGUUUUUCGAUUUUACCAAAUUAAAAUUGUAUUUUUACAGUUUGGACCUUCGGUCUCGUCUUCGUGACGAUCAUCAACAUGUGCGCAGUGGUCGGCAUCGGAGUUAUGCGAUAUCUUUCGAAGAAUACCUAUAAUCAGGUAAUUUUUAACAAAAAUUCACGAAACAUGGACGAAAUUCCAGAUAAUCACACUGUUCGUGGGUCUGGGCGUCGGCUCGCUGUCCGGCUCCAGUUUCUACCAUCUACUUCCCAGUGCUCAUCCGUCAUUACUGGAUGAAGUGGACAGUCGGGGCGAAAAAACGCAUUCCUACCUCAACAUGGCUCAUUUCUCGCUCGUCGGAGUGUACGCCUUCUUUUUCUGCGAUAAAAUCAUCAAAAUAAUUCUGGAGAUUAGAAAAGUGAGUUCUAAAUCCAAGUUUUUCACAGAAAUGCUUAUUUAGAAGCGCCAACUGCACAUCCACCAUCGUCGUUUGUCCGUCGAGAACGGAACGAACUCGGAGAGAAGUGAUACGGCUCUUGUGGCGACCGACGAGGACAAAGAAGCCGAGGAGAAGCUCAGAAGUGUGCUCAAGAAGGUAUUUUAUAGGAAUUUGCGGAAAGUAGACUGAAAACCAACAUUUUAGGGUAUCAUGAGUCGCGCCGACGUUGACGAAACCGAAAUGUUGGCUCUGGAGGAUAAAUCUCGCAAAUCGAUGGGAGAUCAAGUGCGUUUUCUUGUGAAAUGUGAUAAUAUCCACUUAAAAAGUCUUGGUUGAAAGCUAACGGAUCGACUACCAAGUACCCACUAAAAAGAGCGAAAAACGUUCGGUUGCUUUCUGUACUAAUGUAGUUCAACGCUUGAUGUGACAGUUUUUGUGUAGAACAAUUCGUUCAUUUCUGUGCAUUUUCUGUGUCACACAGUUAGUAGUCGGACAGAAUUGUAGAAAAUGAGCACAUCGACACACAUGCUUUCCGCCAGAAAAUGCCUUUCCAAAGUGAUUUGCACCUUCAAAGGGAGUCCCGGAGAGGUAAUUUCCCAAACAAAUUAUGGUGGUGGCGGUCUUUUUCCGUUCUUCUCUAACAUUUUCUAGUGAAAUUCACCCGGAAUCGUAGCAAAUCAUCCAUAAUUUUAAAUACUUCAGGCCCACGGAAUCUGCGUUCACGACCAUUCGAUCGAUUUUCGCGCCGGAGACUCUGCGAUAGCCGCCGUCGCGUGGAUGAUCGUUUUCGGCGACGGACUGCACAAUUUCAUCGACGGCAUCUCGAUUGGAGCCGCGUUUUCUAACUCUUUCCACGAAGGACUCUCGAUCUCGCUGGCCGUGCUCUGCGAGGAAUUCCCGCACGAAUUGGGCGACGUCGCCAUACUUGUCGCCUCCGGAAUGACCCUCAAACAGGCGCUGGUCUACAAUCUGCUCUCUGCGAUCACUUGCUACGUCGGAUUCUGCAUUGGAGUUGUGAUCGGAGAGCUCGGACCGGAGACGACCAAGUACGCAUUCGGACUCGCCGGUGGAAUGUUCCUCUACAUCUCGUUGGCUUGCAUGGUAAGGAUUUUUUGUGAAAACAAAUUCAGGGCUGGGCAAAUGCUGACCCAGGCUUCUUGAUGCUUCUUGUUACGAAUCAAUUUCAGAUGCCGGAAAUGAAGAAAGCGAUGGAAGAAGCGCUGAACGUGUCGCUCCGUCACGGUCUCUAUGUUCUGUUCCUCCAAUCCGCCGGCCUUUUCUCCGGACUCUCUCUGAUGUUUGUGAUGGCGAAAUACGGAGAAAGCAUCAAAUUUGAGCCAUGA